ACAGCGAAAACGAAUAGAGAGGGGGAAACGAAAACUAGAGUGAUGAGCGACGCGUUGAGGAGAGACUAUCAAGUGAACGAAGAGAUCGGCCGGGGAAGAUUCGGCACUGUUUUUCGAUGUAUUUCCAGAGCUUUUGGUGGAUUCUAUGCUGUUAAAUCCAUGGACAAGAGGCGAAUCUCCGCCGGUGAUUCACUCGACUCUGAAUGUCUUGUGAACGAGACGAAGAUUCUUCAUCUCCUUUAUCCUCAUCCUCACAUUCUUGCUUUGCAUAAUCUCUACGAAGAUGAAUUUCACCUCCAUAUAGUUCUCGAUCUCUGUUCUUCCGAUCUCCUUCGGCGAAUUAAUCUCCAGGUUUUUUCUGAGGCGGAGGCUGCUUUGGUUAUGUCGCAACUGAUGAGUGCGUUGGCUCAUUGUCACCGUCACGGCGUUGCGCACCGUGAUAUUAAGCCGGAUAACAUUCUGUUUGACGAGUGGAAUUCGUUGAAACUCGCGGAUUUCGGAUCGGUUGAGAUGUUUAAGCUGGGAGAAGAAUCGAUGAGCGGAGUCGUCGGAACGCCGUACUACGUGGCGCCGGAAGUGCUGGCUGGAAAAAACUACGGCGAGAAGGUCGAUGUGUGGAGCGCCGGUGUGGUUUUGUACGUUAUGUUGGCUGGUUUUCCGCCGUUUCAGGGAGAAUCGGUUGUUGAGAUCUUUCAUGCGGUGUUGCGAACGAAUUUGAGAUUUCCGCCUAGAGUUUUCCACUCCGUAUCGCCCAUGGCGAAAGACUUGCUUCGAAAAAUGCUCUGUAAAGAUGUUUCCAGGAGACUCUCCGCCGAACAAGUCCUCAGGCAUCCAUGGAUAACAGCUGGGGGGGAAACAGGCCGGCAAAGGAACUAGACUAAAGUUUUGAGCAGAGUCGGUACUUUUUUUUUGUUUUUACUUUGUUUUUGUGUUUGGCGCGCGCACUGUAAAUAUGACGGAGCUGCAUUCGAUCGAUGAUGCCACACAGUUAGUAGUGUGAAAGAAUUUGUAUAACCUCUGAAACCUCUCUGUAAAUAACGAUAAAUAAUAUAUACUUCGCUUUUUUUUU